GCCAUCUGAGCCAGUUAAAACAGUCAAGCGAAAAGUUCUCGAGCCCCACUUCUUGUCUGAACGUCUGCCAGUGAAGACCGGGAGGGAACCAACUAACACCACACAAAAUGAGCGACCUCAGCAAGAACGACAUCGAAAGGGCAUCCUUCGCCUUCUCCAUCUACGACUUCGAGGGUAACGGCAAGAUCGACGCAUACAAUGUCGGCGACAUCCUGAGGGCGCUCAACUCCAACCCUACUCUUGCCACCAUCGAGAAACUCGGCGGCACUAAAAAGAAGGGCGAGAAACAGCUCACGCUGGAAGAGUUCCUUCCCAUCUACAGCCAGUGCAAGAAAGACAAAGACCAGGGUUGCUACGAGGACUUCCUGGAAUGUCUGAAGCUGUACGACAAGGCUGAGAACGGUCUCAUGCUCGGCGCUGAGCUCACACACACCCUCCUUGCGUUAGGUGAGAAGUUAGAGGACAAUGAAGUAGCGGAAGUCACAAAGGAUUGCAUGGACCCCGAAGACGACGACGGCAUGAUCCCAUACGCAUGUUUUCUUCAAAGAUUGUGCAACAAACCAGUGACAGCCCCAGGCGCGGCGCCCGCCCCCGCUGCAGAGAGCUAAGCGCCGCGUCACCGCCGCACCGCCCCGUACGCACAUCUUAGAUACGGACCCUUUUUAUACGAACAUCACAUCUUAAUAUCUAUUUGUACAAUUGACCUGACUGUACAUAAUAAAGUAAGAUUAAAGAAACUACUGUAAACGCGUGUUGUACGUGUCUUUUUAAUAAACUUUUAUUAUUAUUUUAUUUAAGUAUCUACAUUUAUAACGAGAAAACACAAAAAUACCGUAAAUUAUUUUAUAAUAAACUGUUAAAAUUUCAGCCGUGUA